AUGGCAGGCCAGUACGCUCAGCCUGGCCCGUAUGCAGUAGAACACGGUAUGCCCGAGAGCAUGCCCAGCACAUCAAGAGAUGCAGAGAUGUCUACAGAUAACAAUGGCAUCAUAGGUAUUUCUCCUGCUAUGCAAGACUCUGCAGGUAUUUUUCCUUAUGAAGAAUACGGUAGACAAAAUUUUAAUGCAAACAGUGAGCUCGGGCAUCAGCACAGAUACGAGCAUCUAUUCAUGCCAGGGUCUAGUGUUAUCAGGUACUCUACCAAUCCAGCAUAUGCUGUGCCUAGCACAUCAAAACAGGGGGAUACAACAGAUGGCACAGACUUUUUCUCUACUAGCCCAUACAUGUGUGCCUCAGCUCAGAAUGAGCGCGUGGCCUUUGAAGGACAGCAGAGAACAGAAGAGCAGGGUGGAGAAUAUAUACAGCAGCAGUGCAUGGGACAGCCAAGUGCAUACGAAAAUACUUUUGAUCAGCUAGAAGACUCUGCUAGUCUGUAUGCCAAUGAAGGCAAAGCAGGAAGUGAAGAAAGUAGAGAAAGAUCAGAUUUUGAUAGCAUCAAGCCAGAUGAAGAUAUCUCCAUGUACGAUGCAUCUCAGCCAAUAGAUGCAUGGAUAAACCGGUACUUUCUGCCUGCAGAGCCUGUAGAAGAGUCUAGUCCCAGUAUUGCCUCUACGUCUGCCUCUAGCGAAAAGAACACUAGUGCCAGAAGAGCUAGAGCAGAAAAAAGAAAAUCAAAAAAUGUGGACGGAUCAGCAGAUACCUCUAGUCUCCAGCAGAAAACAGAGAACAAGAGAAAGAAGAGAAGAGAGUCAUUGGAAGAGGUGUCUGACUCCAUCUGUGAGAAACAGGAGAUUGAAAGAGCAGAAAGCGACCAAGAAGAGACAGUCCAAGAGAAGCAGCCAAAAGCGUCUAAGGAUGCAGGCCAAAAUGCCAGAAGAGUGUCGAGUCUCUUUGUCAAACUGUGGAACAACACGAGACUGACAAACGGGAGAAGAAUGAGCUACAAAUCUCUGCAUAAAACAAUAUACCGGUACGAAUACAGCAACUUUACCGCUUCUAUGGCUCGGGAAAUACUGAACAAAUCCUACCAAGCAAAGAUCAGAAACUACAUAGAAAGUUUUUCUGCAAAAACUGCUCCUCUGAUAAAACAGAAUGCUCUGUGGUACUUCAUUGCCAGCAGAACCACAAACAUAGCCACAAAGCACAGAGACCUUCUGUGGCUGAAGGAGCUGCUUAGCGAAAAGAAGGAGAGUAAACACAAGAAACUCAUAAUGAAUCUUGAAGGAUACUAUCCGGGGGUGAUUGACGAUAUGCUCGCAUACAUGGAAAAGCACAAGUCGCUGAGAGUUGCCAAAGUGUCUCCUCCGACUGUGUGGAAAGAGACCCUGGGCGAUCUAUACAUCCGAAAAAACCUCGAUCUAAACUACAGUAUGCUGGAAAAUCAAGACACAAUCAGCCAAAUAGACCAAAGGUACUCUGCUCUGGCGUAUGCUCUGCGCAUGAUUCUGGCUCUGCCUGAGGUGCAUCACGACUUUACCAGCAUCAGCAUAAACCUGAUAAAAGACACUAAAAUGUCUGUAGACGCAUCGACCAACAAGCAGAAACAACAAGUUCUACUGGCAAUAUACACAUUGGUGAAUGAAAAAACCGGGAAUAAUAAAAAAGCGGAAAAGUCCUACGAAAAACUUCACGGUGCUCUGGUGAGUGUAUACAGGAAAGAAGGAAAGAAAGAGUCAACAGCGCCUGAGCUGUACAAUGAGAUGUACAGAGUUCUUGCUGAUUUCUAUGAUAAAGUGAAGGUGUUUGAUGCCAAUGAAUACAUUUUGGCAGGCAAGUGCGUUAUAAAGCAUCAAAUGUACGUUAAAUGCGAGGCAAUCUUAGAACACGCACCAGACGGGUCUUCUAUACAGAUAUCCUACCCCGAAUAUUCAUUUGAGAUGGACAAAUGGAAGAUUUCAUUUGAUGUAGAACCGCACUACCACGUGUACUAUGUGGACAAUGCAAUACAGCAGUCCAGGAUGCUGUGCAUGCCCAUAUACAAAAAAGAUGGGAGCAAAGAAGAGCAUUAUUUGCACACGAUUGAAGGCAUAGUAAACUACAUAAAAAUGGUGCAUCGAAUAAAAAUAAAGCUAGACCACAUACACCCCUUUAAGGUGCACAAAAAAACAAGAGAGUGGUCGUACAUCAAGAGGAGAGAAGAAAGAAGAAAAACAGUGAAAGAGCUGAACGAGUACGAAGUGGUCUUUUACCGAAUCGAGGAAGAUAUAAAAACAACGAGGUUCACAUUUGCAGAGUUUAUGCCCCCGCAUACGCACAGCUUGAAAAAUAUCCGCAUACCGCUGUUCCUUACUCCUUUUAUGCGGUCGGCCAUGGAGAUCGGCCCCUUUAUCAUGAUAGGUGUGCAUGCAGAGAUAGACUCUAUAGAGCUUGAAAAUGUGGUCUCUGAUUUGUACGAAUACAAUUACAAUUACAUAGGGAAGGAAUACUCGUACGUUUACAGAUACUACAGCAAUCUAUACAUAGUGCCAAGUGCAGAGAAUGCAGAGACUCUCAACUGCUACAUCAUGAACUACCAAGCCAUUUCGAACGAGAGAGGCUCUACCAAAGCUGUGUGGUACGUGAAUAUGACGGGCGGUGUAAAUGCGUACACGCACUGCACAUUUGACAGAAAGUUCAAAGAAAAAGAAAGCUUGGACAAGUUUAAUAAUUUCAUUAAAGUGCUGGAGUCGAGGGAGUACAACAAGGACAGCGAGCUGCAGGGCGUUUGGCUGCGCAAUAACGACCAGGAAAACAGAAGAUCAAAGAAUCUGGAGGAAAGAAUAUACACCUGGCUGGUGAAUGUUAAUAAGAGCAAGAAUGAGAUCAAGAAUGAUAGAAGGGCGAUCUUAGAUGAAAUAAGAAAAGAGGAAGAAAAGUUUAAGGAAUCCGAUGAAAAGCUGAAAGUUCUAGGAGUACUGGACAAAAGAAGCUGUACAACGAAAGAGAAAAAUGAUAAGAAUGCAGCCAAUACCAAGAAAAGUAUAGCAAAGAAAAGGCUUGAAGACCUGCACAGGGAGCUGCACGAAGAGAUGUCUGAAAGACCAGACGAGCAGACAGAGCUCAUUGUGUUCCGCAAUGUGAACAACAGCAAGUCCAACCUCGGGGCACACAACGAGAUUCUUGAUGUUUUAAUGUCAGCGUACAAUCAUUAA